UAAACUUUUUAGCUUUUGAUUUUUUUAGUAAUUACAAUUUUGAUGGUAUAUUAAUCAAAUGACGUUUAGAUUACCUAUAAUCAAUCUUAGAAGGGAUCUAAUCUAAACCACGUGAUCAUAAUGAUUGUAAUUCUUUGAUCCAACGGUACAUGCCAACUUCAGCCCCCACAAAUGACGCAAAAUCCGGACACAGAUGCUUGACAAAAAGUGGGACCUCUAACAGCGUUGAAGUUCUAACUUUACAAACGUGGCUUUAACAGUCCCCAACGUAUUCAGUGACAGCGUAUGCCAGUCUAUGUCUUUGAGCUUCGAAGCUAAGCCAUGUUCUUCCAUUCAUAUUUUUUAACCGUUGGAAACUUGGCAAGGCAACUGGGUGGUUUUCAGAGAGGUGGUUGAUGGGUUUGUUUUCUGUUCCUAUUCUGGUUCUUGAAUGCUUGAUGUUAAUCAAAACAUCAUCAGUCUUUGUCCCUUUUUUCUAUGUACUGUUAUAUGUCUCUUUACAUUGCAAAGUUCAAACUUUUAUUUUUUUGGGUCUUCAACUUAAUUACUAUUGAUUCUGAUUGGUAUGCUAGCAUUUAAGAAUAAUCAAUCAUCCAUUCAUUUGGGCUUCUCUCUUGGAGGUUACACUGGCUUGUUUUCCUUCAGCUUUUGCCUUUUAUACUCAGCUUUAGUAUCAAGCCAAUCUCUUGCCAUAUGCAAAUUUAAGAUUGGAGGCAUUUAAGAUCAGUGAAGUUUGACCGGUUGUCCUCCUGCCUCUAAUGAAGCUUAGUGUUCAGAUUGUAAUAAAUGAAGCUCAAAGUGGAAGUUGCUUUUGCUUGCGUCUUUAGCUUGAUUUGGAUUCAGCAAGGCCUUUGUGAUAAAAUUUCUAAUACAUCAGGCUUAAACAACUGGACAUGCACAUGCUCUUCAUUUUAUCAAGGAAACCAGAGCUAUGUUCUUAAAUCUAACUGUUAUAGAUCCUGUGAUUGCAAUCCAGUUGAACCAAGUGGAGAUAAAUGGACAUGUUUAUGUGCUACUGAUGGAUUCCCAAAAGUAACAGUCAACAAUCAUGAUAAUACUUGUUUUACUGCCUGCAACUGCACUGCUGGGUCUCUUCCUGAGGCGCCAGCUUCAAGAAAGCACUAUGCUAACAGACUUGUUGUGAUUAUUCUAUUACUCUGUGUAAUUCUCACAACUCUGGCAUUCCUUGCUUCGAUAACAUGCUAUUUCUAUCGGAAGGACAAGUGCCCAAAGUGCCCCAUCCAACUGCCGACAUUCUCAUCAGAUAAAGAAACUAGUUGCAACAGUGCUACCAACUUAAUAAGUAAUAAGACAUCUUUGGUUUCAGAAACUAAGGUUAACAUCAGCUUCCCUACUAAACCUAUUGCAGGAUGCUUUCAAAAGGCUUCAUUCCUUUGCCGGAGCAAAACAGGGACUAUGCUUGGAACAAUUUGCGAGUUUGCCUACACUGAACUGGAAAAUGCAACCAAUAAGUUCUCCAGUUCCAACCUCAUAGGACUCGGAGGAAGUAGCUAUGUGUACUGGGGCCAGCUCAAGGAUGGAAGAAUCGUUGCAGUGAAGCGACUUAAGAUCCAUGGAGGCCCGGAUGCAGAUUCCAUCUUUUCAACAGAGGUUGAGCUGUUGUCAAGGCUACAUCAUUGUCACGUGGUGCCCUUGCUCGGCUACUGUUCAGAAUUCAGUGGGAAACAUGCUGAGAGAUUGCUGGUAUUUGAAUACAUGCCUAACGGUAAUUUGAGGGAUUGUUUGAAUGGGAUUUUGGGGGAGAACAUGACCUGGGAAACUCGUGUUGCAAUUGCAAUUGGUGCUGCAAGGGGCUUGGAAUAUCUUCAUGAAGCUGCUGCUCCUAGAAUUUUGCAUAGAGAUGUAAAAUCCACAAAUAUUCUUCUGGACAAAAACUGGAGAGCAAAAAUAACUGAUCUUGGUAUGGCCAAACGUUUAAGAGCUGAUGGACUUCCCAGCUGUUCCAGUUCUCCACCAAGAAUGCAGGGAACCUUUGGCUAUUUUGCCCCGGAAUAUGCAAUUGUUGGAAAAGCCUCACUUAUGUCAGAUGUUUUCAGUUUUGGUGUAGUUCUUCUGGAACUGAUCACUGGUCGUCAACCCAUCCAUAAAUCAAACAAUAAACAAGAAAGUCUUGUUAUAUGGGCUACCCCUCGCUUACAGGAUAGUAAGCGAGUGACCUCAGAGUUACCUGAUCCACGUUUAAAAGGGAAUUUCCCCGAUGAAGAGAUGCAGAUAAUGGCUUACCUAGCAAAGGAGUGCUUGCUGUUGGACCCUGAUGCUCGACCAACAAUGAGUGAGGUUGUGCAAAUCCUCUCAACUAUUGCUCCAGAUAAAUCUAAAAGAAGAAAUAUUCCUGUAAAUUUUUUCCAGAUGUCAUCCACCUGUAAUAUGAAGAAUGAAGCUCUUGUAGAAAGACAUCAAAGUGUAAUUGAGGCUUUAUAUGACACAGAAGAGCACAUGCCAACUACGUCUGUUGAGUCAGCGGAGAGCUCACUGCCAUUAGGUAUGGAAGGUAUUGGAAUCAUCGGCAAACAAAUAGGUACCCUUUCUGCUGAGUGUAUGGAGAGGCUGGUUCUUUUGAGUUCCAACGCUAGGAGUUGGCGUGUCCCUGAUGAUGAAGCAGUAGACUUAACAAAGCCUCGGUUUGAAUCGUUCCAAAUGGCAAAUGUCAAGUCCCCUUGAGAAGAACUAUCCCUACUGACAGAAUUAACAUAUUUUGCACACAAGUUUGCUUUUUGGUUUCGAUCUGCUGUGUAUUCUAAGAAGGGACGAGUAGGGUUUUGAGAAAAUAUCCAUUUGAUUUUUUAUUUGUUGGGAGGUUAUUUUGAAGAAUAGGCCACACACAGGUUGUGUCAGUGCUAGGUCAUAGUUUGUGCUUGAUUUCUUUUCAUGACUAUGUACAGAAAAUUGUACAAAAAUGAAAAUUCGUAUCAUCUGAAGUCUGUAGAUAUGAAGA